AGACAGGAAGUUUUGAGUGCUGUAGCGCAGGCACGGUCAGCAGGUCGUUAAUACUGCCAGAGCUACUAACUACUUAGUUACCGCAGAAAAGUGAUAGUUUAAAGCUGAAUGUGUUUCCAUGGGGGGGAAGAAUAAACAGAGAACUAAAGGAAAUGUUCGGCCGUCCAGUAGCGGCCGAGCUGCUGAGGUACUGACCCGAGAAGGUGGCGUCAUCCCGGGGUUUGUGGGCUUUGACACAACGGUCACCUCGGAGCUGAGUUACGUCCCCGCCGUCCACGGCGCGGAGGAGAUAGACAACCUGGUGGAUGCUGAUUUCCGCCUGGUGCUCAGGAAGCUCUCCAAGAGGGAUGUUGUCACCAGACUGAAGGCCGUGCAGGACUUUGGCUCUAUGUGUCAGGAGCGGGAUGCUGAAGAGGUCAAAGGCGUCCUGCCAUACUGGCCCAGGAUUUACUGCAAGAUAUCAGUGGACCAUGAUCGCCGGAUCAGGGAGGCCACCCAGCAGGCCUUUGAGCAGCUGGUGUUAAAGGUGCGCCGCAGCCUGGCCCCCUUUCUGAAGAGCUUGAUGGGCCACUGGAUUCUGUCUCAGUGUGACACCUACACACCGGCAGCCUCCGCUGCGUGUCAGGCCUUCCAGGCUGCUUUCUCACCCGCCAAACAGCCCGAGGCUCUCAGCUUCUGCAAGGAUGAGAUCCUUAAUGUACUACAGGAUAUUUUGUUAAAGGAAACAGCUGAUACUCUGAGUGAUCCACAAAGUGUGACACAGGAGGAGAGAGAAGCCAAAUAUGUGCGCAUGCUGACUAGUUCACUGUUGGGGGUGAAGAGACUGCUGUCCCUCCUGCUCCAGGAUGACAGGGCGGCCCUGGAGCAAAGACUAGCACAGCUCGUUACCUCCGCGAAGUUCUGGAAGUACAGCAAACACAAGACGCCGCAGGUUCGAGGGGCGUUUUUUGAGAUGGUGUGCGCUCUGUGUGAGUUCACUCCAGGACUGGUCCAGGCUGAAGCAGCACGACUCUGCCCCACCGUUCUUCUCAGCAUUGAUGACACCGAUCCCGUAGUGCUGCCUCCUGUGUGGGAGGCCGUCCUUCACGUCGUGGCUACAAUCCCUGAUUGCUGGACACAUGUGAAUGCCAAGAAGGGCUUCUUACCUAAACUGUGGGCUCUGCUAAAAGAGGGUGGAAAAGGCAUGGCUAAAGCACUCCACCCUAAUCUAAUGCCGCUCCUCAGCAAACUGCCCCAAGAGGUCACCGCUCCAACCUUGGACUUCUACACCACCUUCUUUGCUUCAUUCAUACAAGGUCUGUCCAGUGAGCGUGCAGCGAUGAGCCCAUCAGAGAGUGCAGUCAUAGUGACGUCUGUCGUUGAGUGCUUGAGGUACUGCAUAUUGUGCAAUACAGAAGAAGAGGAAGAUCAGAAAAAACUGCACACCAUGCUUAUUUCACAGCAGCUACUACCACUCCUGGAAACGGCUCUUGGAAAUCCCCUCCUUCAGAACGGUCCUCUUUUCCUCCUGGUCACUGAAAUGCUCGUUCACUGGGAGAAGAAGGCAGGUUUACACAGCGAAGACGAAACAAAUGACAGCAAGGGUGUCUUUCAAAGUCUUCUGGCAGACUUCUGGGAGGGGCUUGGUCUUUUGUUUGUGCGUUAUGUCGACAACGAGGAAGCAGAUCCACAGGCUUUGGAGGGGAUAGCCACCUUACUGCAGGUGAUGCGUUCUCCCGAGAGAGUAAAAGGAAAGCAUGUCCAGAAGAAGAAAUCUGUCAGGAUCUCUUUUAAGGCAGAGGACAGUGAGAAAACUGGAGUUGAGGGCGACGGAGUCGAGAAGCCCGUGCAGAUGGUGUCGGAGCUUGUGAACGAGAAGGCAUUUGGAUCCCCACAGACCCAGCAUUUUGAGGAUGUAGUGUGCCAGCUGGCCCAACUCUGCCUGGUGCAUGUAAAUGAGAAAAAGUCAGAGAGACAUCUUGUUUUCCUCUCCCUUCUCCUGCGCUCUUUCCACACACCCAGGGUCUUCAGUACGUUGGUGGAAUUGGAUGAGAAAAUAAUGAAGGACGGCGAGCAGCAGGGCGAGCUCAAUAUGAGAAAUCCAGCAAUUCAGUUCCUGUUGGAGCAGGUGGUGGUGUGGCUGGCCGAGAAGGGGCGAACGGACACCGAGCACCUCGUGGAGAUGGUCUUCAGUUCACUGUACUGCUGCAGCUGGCAGGAGACCACCCGCAUCCUGAACCACAUCGCCACGAUGGACUUGCAGUGGGGAAUUAUCCUGCAAAUUAUACAGAGGGCAUGUGCAGAUCCUGAGACUCUUAAGAGCUGUGGUGAUUGGCUCAAGGGUUCAGUCCUGGGCAACCAACUCCUGGGAUUGACCGAGGAGCUGUGCAAAGUAGGACGCGGCUCUCCUGCUUCUACCUCUUCUACAAGCACACACAGUUGGACACUUAUCAGCCUUGUCCUCUCUCAGCACCACAACAAUGAGCCUCUGAUAGGGGAGGUGUACAUGGAGAAGAUCUUAGAGAAGCUCCACGCCACUCUGUCCGAGACGAAGAGUCUGUCAGAUGCAGGAAACAUGGAGCCGCUCAUCUCCUUCAUCUGUGAUGUGGCCUCCACGUUCUUCUCCUCCGUACAGGACUGUCUCCUGCUACUCUCUGCCGAGGAGCUCCUGCUCACUGUCUUCGAGCUCACCGCCCAGGAUCAAACACACAGUCACCUAUCUGACUCACUUUUAAAGAAGCUGAGGAAAGUGUGUGUGGCUGGGGUCCGGUCGUUGGUCCAACACUCUGAAUACGAGUUCAAGGAAGGAGGUUUCUUGCACAGUGCAGCCAUUUGGGUGACAAACCAGCUCCUCACGGCUUCUCUGGACAUUAAAAGUUUACAGGUUCUAGUACUGGCUGUGCAAAGCCUAGUGGAGACAAUCAUCUCUGUCUGCAAUCAAGAGUCCCCCCUCCUCGUCCAGUUCUUUAGCCAACUGAUGCCCAGCCAGCCAGAAUGGACAAGAAUCCGACAAGCCUUACCUCCUCAGUGGGUCAAAUCCCCUUUACUGUCCAGCCGUCACCGAGGAGUUUAUGAAAAAUCCUCCAUGGACAUCUGGAAGUUUAGGAUGUCAGCCAGGCUACCAGCCCACCUUUGUGCCUGCGCCCUGCUGGGCAGCGUGGCCCGACAUGUUGUAUUCAAACCUCGUGACCAAAAGGAGGCAGGGUGUCCAUCACACCUGCAAAAUCUCAAGUACACAGUUUCAGAACUGUUGUAUGCACUGCAGUGGUGUAAGGAGGUGGAGUACAGCCCUGCUGUAGUAUCUGCCUACUACAGCCUGCUGACUGACCUGGGGCUGUCAGGACUCCACAGCCAGGUUCCAGUGAUAGAUCUGCUGAAGAUGCUCUACUCAAGGUCUGUGGAGGAUGGAGGUCUGUGGUCUCUGACUCUAGAAAACUACAUCCACAGCAACGACUUGGCAGUCGCUCACGGUGCAGCAAUGAGGAGGCUGUACGGCAGUGCAGACAGUUUGUUCCCAGUGUCUCAAAGCAAACUGAGCACACUCCAGGUGCUCUGCCCCACCAUGACCAAAGAAGACAGAGAGACUCUGGUUGCUCUGGCUACUGCUGGAAUAGUCAACUGGCAAGAGAAUGACGAUGUGUACGGGUGUCUGGCGGUGCUGCUGUGCUGUCUAAAAGCAAACACACAAGUAGAGGAGGAAAUUGUGCAGGCUAUCCUGGCCACUGUGAUGGAAUGGAGGAACAGCAAGGAGGACUGGUUCCUCUUUGGCAGUGAUCUGUCUAAAGCAACUUCAGAACAGUUGAACCUUACUGUGGAGAUGAUGCGUUUUCUGUCCUGGCUGGUGACUCAUCAUCCGACCGUUCUCGGGGGCAACCAGUGGGACUUCUUGCUCUGCUCUAUGUUAGCCUGGUUGGAGGCUGCCAGCGAGAAUGUGAGCAGUCUGUGGAACCCCUGGGUGCAGCUCUUCGUGUGUGAGAAUGCGACAUUGAUCGUGAAGCUCAACCAGUUCUUCACAUCACCCUCGCCCGAAGUGCUGGAGAAGCUGCCGUCAGAACUGGCUGCUGAAUGGACAGACUUCUUCCUGGAAGGAAUCUACAACCUGCUGCUGCCUCUGCCUAUCAGUAUCACAGAUGCCUUCACUGAACCAGAUGACCCUGUGUUCCCUCUGGCGGUGUUGCAGUCUGUCGGCGUGGCUCUGACUUACGUGCCUGUGCAGCAGCUAAAGCAGAACUCCCUGCCACCGCGCUUCAUCGUGGACCAGAAUACAAACCUGCCGGAGCCCCUCCAGACGCUCCUCAACACUUUCUGUCCUCUGCUGCUGUUUAAGGCCCGGCCUCUCCAGAUCACCGUCUACCACUUGUUAGAAAAGGUCAUGCCUCAGCUGCCUGAGUGUGAUGGAGAAGGAGACAACAACAAGUCUGAUGAUGACAGAGAUGAGCCGUGUCUCUCCCCUCCAGCGUCUUUGAUGUCUAUCCUGUCGACCUGUGAGGAGCUGUGUGAUAGCAUCCUGGCCGGAGUUCAAGUCGGAGAGUUUGCAGUGGUCCAGCCUCUCAGUGUGGAGUACUCGUGCAUUUUGGGGUACUUGCUGGCCUGGAAGCUGCUCCUCACGUUUUUCAAGUCCUCACCCUCCCAUCUGCGUGCCCAUUACGCCCAGUAUCUUAAGAGAAGCUGCUCCCUUAACAAGCUUCUCCUUCACCUCUUCAAACUGAUGCCAGAGAGCCCGAUCUACCUGGACCAGGGCACAGAGUCGAAGGAGACUAAAACCUUCUUCACAGAGAGCCUCCCUCUUUCUGUUGACAAAAGCCAGAGCGUUGAGUGGGAGCUCCCUCAUCUGGCCUGCAGUGUGUACUACAGCACGGUGCAGGACCUGCCCGCCAUGGUGCGGCUGUGGUGGAACAGCCAGGAGAAGAGAGUGAGCGCAGCAGUGGAGAAGUUCACCAUUAAAUACGUCAGCCCUGUUCUCUCAUCCCAGGAGAUCUCAUCUGUCCACUCCAGCACGCAGAUGUUUGACAGCAUGACUGUGAAGGCCCGCUCAGCAGCACGGGAGGUGAUCGCUACCUAUUCUGUGGACGAUAUCUUCAUCGAGUUGGUGAUUCAGCUGCCGCAGAACUACCCUCUGGGCUCCAUCACUGUAGAGAGUGGGAGGCGCGUGGGAGUCGCCGUACAGCAGUGGAGGAACUGGAUGCUGCAACUGAGCACCUACCUCACACAUCAGAAUGGCAGUAUAAUGGAGGGCCUGGCUCUGUGGAAGAACAACGUGGAUAAGCGUUUUGAGGGCAUCGAGGAUUGCAUGAUCUGCUUCUCUGUUAUCCACGGCUCCAACUACUCCCUGCCCAAGAAGGGAUGCCGCACCUGCAAAAAGAAAUUCCACUCGGCGUGUUUGUACAAAUGGUUCACGUCCAGCAACAAGUCCACAUGUCCACUGUGCAGAGAGACCUUCUUCUAACACACAGCCUCGCGACAAGGUUGAAACUCUUCAGUCGACUGGGACCGAAUCCGUUUUAGAGACCAGAAGAUCUGAUCCAUUAGACCACGAUAUGCAGCAUAAGCUGCUCCCUGCUGACAUUUUUUUUGUUAUUAAUGAGUUUUUAAAAAAAUAUUUUUUGCAGACUUAAUUUUUAAAUCUUUUGAAACAGAUGGGUGUAGAAGAGGCUGAAUCGUAAAGUUUGGGAAAGCCAAAGCUGUCCAGGUCCUUUAUUUAAAUCACCUGUUGAAAUGAGUCAUAUUACAAACUUAAAAAAAAGAAAGAAGAGAUGAUCCAAGUAUUACAACGCCUUAGGACAGGUUUCAAAAUGUUUCCUAAUAUUUAGGAGUGUAAAGAGAUUAUGUCUGAUUAAUGACAUGCCUUACACCGUUAUGACAUGGUGAGAUCACACAUGGAGAGCAGGAAAAGGAACCUCUGUAUGGUUUAGGUUUUUCAUUUCUUAAUGCUGGUGAAUGUCCAAACCUAAUGGUGAUCUGUGUCUUCUCCUGUACCUGCACACAGCUGUAUAUAAUGCUGCAAAGUAAAUAAAAUGAACUAGAUGGA